AUGAGCGGGGUGUGGGAGACCGGGGAGCCUCUGUGCCAGGCGGCGCUCGCGGUCCUGGCCUCGCUGUGCCGGGCUCGGCCGCCCCCUCUCGGGCUGGACGUGGAGACUUGUCGGAGCUUCGAGCUAGAGCCCCCAGAGAGGAGUCCGAGCGCUGCCGACGCAGGCACCUCUGUCAGCCUCCUCACAGUGGUAGUUAUUGUGUGUGGCGUGGCCCUGGUGGCAGUUUUUCUCUUUCUCUUUUGGAAGCUGUGCUGGAUGCCCUGGAGGACCAAAGAGGCCUCCAGCCCCUCCUCUGCUAACCCCUCCCCGGAGGCCCUCCAGAGCCCCAGCUCCAGAGGCAACAUGGCGGACAAGCUGAAAGACCCCAACACCCUGGGCUUCCUAGAGGCAGCAGUGAAGAUCAGCCACACGUCCCCAGAUAUCCCUGCCGAGGUGCAGAGGUCGGUCAAAGAGCACAUCAUGCGUCACACACGGCUGCAGCGACAGACCACAGAGCCAGCGUCAUCCACCAGGCACACGUCCUUCAAGCGCCACCUGCCACGGCAGAUGCAUGUCUCCAGCGUGGACUACGGCAAUGAGCUGCCCCCGGCGGUGGAGCAGCCCACCAGCAUUGGCCGCAUCAAGCCCGAGCUCUACAAGCAGAAGUCAGUGGAGGGGGACGAUGCCAAAACCGAGGCCAAGACCUGCGGGAAGAUCAACUUCAGCCUGCGCUACGACUACGAGAAUGAGACCUUGAUUGUGCGCAUCCUGAAGGCCUUCGACCUCCCCGCCAAGGACUUCUGUGGCAGCUCUGACCCUUACGUCAAGAUCUACCUCUUGCCUGAUCGCAAACGCAAGCUGCAGACACGGGUGCACCGCAAGACCCUGAACCCCACCUUCGAUGAGAACUUCCACUUCCCCGUGCCCUAUGAGGAGCUGGCUGACCGCAAGCUGCAUCUCAGUGUCUUCGACUUUGACCGCUUCUCCCGCCAUGACAUGAUCGGGGAGGUCAUCCUGGACAACCUCUUUGAGGCCUCUGACCUGUCCCAGGAAACCUCCAUCUGGAAGGACAUCCAGUACGCAACCAGUGAAAGUGUGGAUUUGGGAGAGAUCAUGUUCUCCCUCUGCUACCUGCCCACAGCAGGCAGGCUCACCCUCACUGUGAUCAAAUGUCGGAACCUCAAGGCGAUGGACAUCACAGGCUACUCAGAUCCAUACGUCAAAGUGUCCCUGCUUUGUGACGGGCGGAGACUGAAGAAGAAGAAAACCACCAUAAAGAAGAACACCCUCAACCCCGUCUACAAUGAGGCCAUCAUCUUUGACAUUCCCCCAGAGAAUAUGGAUCAAGUCAGCCUGCUCAUCUCGGUUAUGGAUUAUGAUCGAGUGGGCCACAACGAGAUCAUAGGAGUCUGUCGUGUGGGGGUCAGUGCCGAAGGCCUGGGCAGGGACCACUGGAACGAGAUGCUGGCAUACCCGCGGAAGCCCAUUGCACACUGGCACUCCUUGGUGGAGGUAAAGAAAUCCUUCAGAGAGUGGCAGGGACGAGCCGCCAGCUUCGACAGUGAGAGCUCGUCCCCGUCUCCGAGACCACCUCCGACACCCUGA